AUCUGAUUAGUCAAAUCAAGGUCAUUUGACUUUGGUGUCUAUUGUUUACUGUUACCGGGGUUAUUUUCCAAUAGGAUUUGCUUUGAGUAUUUCAAAAUCUAUAAAGUAACUGAACUAAUACUAAGGUUGAAGUGGAAGUCAACAACUUGGUAUUCUGAGUUGUGUAUUGUUGUGCGCGCUCAUUCUAAAUAAUGGCGCUCAUAGGUCCGAAGCUUUCAGUUGUAUUGCUCCUUCUUAGUGUAUGGGGCAUACUCAUGCUUCUUCUUAUAGGUGUUUUUGCUCGUGUAAAUGCAGUUGCCUUCUCUGAAGAUAUACCAUUGAAUGAAACAGCUUGGGCAGCUAGUGGAUAUGCUCCAUUGCAUGUUGAAGAAGCCUAUGUCCUAGUGUCGAAUAACUGUUUUAUAGCCGCUGGUAUAUACGUUGUCCUACUUGUAUUCUCUGGGGUUCAAUAUUAUUUCAACAAACGUGCCAAUUAUUUGGUUCAUUGAAAAAUAUCUCACACUACUAUUCUUAUUCAACACCCCUAUAUAUGCAUAAUAUUUGUCUUUUUCUCCUCUUCUUUUGUUGUUGAUCUGUGUUUCUUUUUUUUUUUUUUACUAACUUUAAUGAAUCAGAAUGACAUUACUACUGCUAUUAACUAACUAGCCAGCCUAACCAAUUAACUCCUUGGUGGGUGGAGGGGAGAGGAACUAUUAUGUGAUUUUUAAUUCAACAUUUAUAGAGUGAUAAAUUUAAAACAUCAUUUUAUUGUACUAUCUCCUCUAUCACACACACACACACAAUAUUUUAGUAUAUUUAUUGACAAAGUGUGUGUGUGUGAAACACACAAAGCUCCUGUUAACUAAUUAAUUAAUUAAGACAAAGCGAAUGUGAUUUAGUGUGUGUGAGUGCCACCUGCACAAUUGACUUUCAUAAAAAUACAAAAAUUUGCACAAUCCUUGUCUUUUUGCUCGCUCGCUGUCUUGAUGCUGCAGGAUUGGACUUCACCGACCCCUAGAUUAGAAAUAGGAAGUGAAGUGGUAGAGCACGUUGACCGCUUCAAUUACUUGGGAAGUACCAUCAGCCCCAACGGGUUGAUCUCAGACGAAAUUUCAGCACGAAUACAGAGGGCUAGGUUCGCAUACGCCAGUUUUCGCCGUCUCUGGUGUAGACGCGAUAUCCGACUAUCGACCAAAGGGCGUGUGUACUGCUCAACAGUCCGCUCCGUCCUCCUUUAUGGCUGUGAGACCUGGCCAUUG